AUGUUGGCGGCGAAUCCCAAUUUUGCCCUGAGACUGAUCGAUCCGACUGGCAACUACACCAAGACGGGCGACCCCGAAGGCUUCAUCGGCAGCGAGCUGCAGAGCCGUGGGUUUGUCAUCCGAGUGAACGCGACUGAGUCGGCAGUCCCGACGGCCGUCCCAUCGGCGGUGAUAUCCGGGGCGCCAUCCGGGGUGUCUACUGGGGCCGCGGCUGGAAUUGCCGUCGGCUGUGUCGCGGCCGGCGCGCUGGCGAUGCUGGGAGUCUGGUUCUUAUUCCUCCGAAACGGACGUCCUACAUACAACCCAACCGAGGACCACACGCGACAUCAUCCCACGCCGACUCUGCAUCCCGUCAUGCGCCAGGAGACGCGCCAGGACUCGACCUACGCCAGUCCCAACUCAUCAGGCGAUCACAUGUUCAUCGUCCCGCCCGCUCACGGUUCAAGCCUGCCGCGUCAAGUCAGCGACAUCAGUCCGAUCAGCCCUGAUAGGCGACAUACGCCUCCGCCGUCGUAUGUUUUGCCGAUGGAUGAGCACCCGGGGCCGAGAACAGAGUUAUCUGGCGUGCGGGAGCCGCAGGAGGUGUCGGCGACGAACCCGAAUUACCCGUCAGAGUUAUCGAGCUCUCAUAGACAUUGA